AUGAGUGAAAAGAAUCUUCAAAUAAUUAAUGAAGUACAAACUGUAUCAAGCACUAAAUUAAGUAAAAAUUUUAAUUUGUUUUCUUUGCUAGGUAUUGCCUUUUCAUUAACUAAUUCCUGGUUAGGUGUUUCGAGUGCCUUAGUGGUUGGUCUAUACAGUGGUGGUCCCCUAUUAAUCAUUUACGGAUUAAUCAUUGGUUGUUUCUUUACAGUUUUCUGUGCUUGGUCAUUAUCCGAGUUUGUUAGUUGGUUACCAAACUCUAGCGGUGCAUAUUUUUGGUGUUUAAAAAUGUUGCAAGUUAGCAAAACUAAUGAUACGAAGUUUGAUGAUUCAUUGGAAAUAGAUUAUGAUAAUGAGGAAUAUGAAUUAGAACAGUAUUGUUGCGCUAAGGACAUUGAGAUAACUUCUAUCCCACAAUACUAUAUUUCAUUAUUUGCUGGUCUGUUAAAUUAUUGUGGAGCAAUUUUUACCACUGCGUCAGUUUGCUCAUCCCUAUCCUAUAGUAUUAUAGGUUUGUAUCAAUUCAAUAACUUAGAAUAUGAAUUAAAGCAUUGGCACUUAUUUGUUUGCUAUGAAGCUUUAAACAUAUUUUUCACGUUUUUCAAUUGUUAUGCUGGAUGGUUGCCAUUCAUUUCCCAAUUGGGGCUUUAUAUGUCCUUGUUUACAUAUACAGUUACAUUUGUUGUUUCUUUGGUCUGCAGAGCAGAUUCUACCACACCCUGGCCCAAAGCAAGUAGCAUAUUCAAAGAUUUUGAUAAUACUACUGGCUGGAACUCCAGCGGUAUGGGGUUUAUAGUUGGGUUAAUUAAUCCAUUAUGGGCCUUUGCCGGCAUUGACUCUGCAAUUCACAUGGUUGACGAAGUAGGUUAUAUCAAUUCAAGAAAAUUUGUUCCAAAGGCAAUUAUUUUCACCGUUGUUAUUGGAUUCAUCACUAGCUUCACGUAUUCUAUUGGAUUGUUUUAUUGUAUUAAGGACAAAGAUACAGUUGUCAACUCAAUUUUGCCAAUAUUAGAAAUUUAUUACCAAGCAACAGGUUUAAAAAAGUUAUCCAUUUUUUUUCAAGCUUGCUCGAUCACUUGUGGGUGUAUAUGUGGGAUCAGUAGUGGUACUUGGCAAUCAAGAAUAUUGUGGGGCAUAGGUAACGAUAUAGGAAGUAACGGGUCGUUAUUUUGGCAGAAAAUUAGUGAAAUUGAUAAAAGAGGUAAAGUGCCCUUGUAUUCCCAUUUGUUUUCCCAAAUAUGGGUAGCCAUAAUCGGGUGUAUUUUUAUGGGCUCUUCUACAGCAUUCAAUGCCAUAAUUACCGCCUGUAUAGCCUUACUGUUAUUAUCGUAUGCCGUUCCUUGCGUUAUUUUGCUAUUUGUUGUUGGCAGAAAGAAAUUUUUUGCAAAAAUUCAAAAAGAAAUGAGGAUUAGAGAAAUUCAAACAGGUAAUAUUUGGCAACCUUUUUUAAAAAAAUGGAGUAAUACAUUUGGUUUCAUUUCAAACAUUAUUACCAUUUUAUGGUCUUUAUUUUGUUUAAUAUUUUUAUCAUUUCCUUAUCAAUUACCUGUUAACAGUUCAAAUAUGAAUUAUGUCACGGUUGUUUAUUUUGCUGUAUUUAUUAUAGUCGGUAUUACAGUAUUUUUUACAACUAAAACAUUUAAUAGAAAGCGGAUGUCUAAAUUGAUAUAA